AUGGACGCCUCCUCCCUCCGCAUCUCCAAGUUCGAUGGAACUAACUUCCACGCCUGGAAGUUCAAGAUGCAGAUGGUGCUGGAGGAACGGGACCUAUGGGAGGUCGUCAGCGGUGAGAUCAAGGCGGAACAGUGCGAGACUCAGUUGGACCAAGCGACGUACAAGAGGAAGUCAAGAAAGGCGAUGGCAGUGAUCUGUCUAGCCAUGGAAGAUUCCCAGCUACCGUUGGUCCGGUCGACAAGUGGUGCAUGCGACGCAUGGUCAAGGUUGGAAGACCACUUCGAGAAGAAGAGUCUUGCCAACAAGCUGUUCUUGCGCCGUCGCUUCUUCACGACAAUGAUGGAAGAAGGCGACGAUGUGCUCGAACACAUCAACAAGCUCAAGACGCUGGCGGAACAGCUAGAAGCGGUGGGGGCUCCAGUCUGCGAGGACGAUCUGGUGAUCACACUCCUCGGCAGCCUGAGUGACUCGUAUCAAUUCUUGAUCACAGCUUUGGAGUCGCGCUCAGACACUCUUAGCUGGGAGCUCGUGACGUCUCGACUGCUUCAUGAAGAAAUGAAGCGGAAGGAGCAAGGAAGUAAAGGUGAUGAAGCUUCGCAAGGUCAAGCAUUCAUCACAAGGGACAAUCAGCGCAAAGGGCGACCAGUGAAGAAGUCCUGGCCGUGCCACAAUUGCGGAAAGAUUGGUCACUGGAUGGCGGAGUGCCCCUCGCGCAUCCAAGAAAACACGGAGGGACACCGGCCACAGCGCGCUCAAGACAGUGGCGACCGUUAUCGAUCACAACGUGCAAACGUCGCUCAAGAAGAAGACUCGGGCGACUACCUCUUUUCGAUCGGUGAAACGACAUCUGCGAAAUCGAGGGACAUCUGGCUGGUCGACUCCGGGGCGACGCAGCACAUGACGUGCUCCAAGAAGUUCAUGCGGAACUACAAGGGGUUUGACGCUGUGGAUGUCCAUCUCGCGGAUGAUGGAACCGUCCAAGCAAUCGGCAGUGGGGACAUUGUCAUGUCGAUGAAGACACCCCAAGGGAUGAAGAAAGGUGUGCUCACAAACGUGUGGCACAUCCCAAAGUUAUCCAGAAACCUGUUCUCGGUCGGCCGCUUCACCAAGGAUGUCGGCCCAGUGACGUUCACGAAGGAUGGGUGCUAUGGAGAAGCGAAAGGGACCAAGUGGAAAAUUGGUGCCCGUGAAGGUAAAGGACUGUUCAAGCUGCAAAUGACUCCAGUGGCGCCGGAACAAGCAAAUGCAGCCAAGUCGUCGGGAUGUCAAGGGGGCACCAAGUCGUACCUCUGGCACCUUCGGCUUGGCCACAUAGGUCACGAUGGACUCAAUUGCAUCGUGACGAAGAACAUUGGAAUUGGCAUCGACAUAUCUUCGGUGAAGAAGUGGGACGUGUGUGAAGGUUGUGCUCUGGGAAAACAGACUCGAGUGCGCUUCCAAUCAAACACUACAGCUCGCACCUCCAAACUCCUCGAAGUGAUUCACAGCGACGUAUGCGGACCGAUGUCGAUGGCAACUUUUAGUGGAAAACGGUACUUCGUGACAUUCAUUGAUGACAAGUCAAGAUACUGUGUCGUCUAUCUGCUCAAGAGCAAAUCUGAAGUUGCGGCGAAGUUCAUGGAAUACGCUGCGAUGGCCGAAACGCAAACCGGAAAGCACGUGAAGUACAUUCAAAGCGACAAUGGGGGUGAAUACAAGUCCGACAAGCUGGCACGAUUCUGCGCGGAACGGGGAAUACAACAAAGGUUCACACCCCCAUAUAUUCCUCAGCUAAACGGAGUAGCUGAGAGAAUGAAUCGCACGCUGGUCGAGUGUGCGCGUUGCAUGAUGGAACACGCUGGACUGGGAAAGAGCUACUGGGGUGAAGCAGUGAUGACAGCGAUGUUUCUUCGAAACCGCUGUCCAACACGUGCCAUUCACCAAGACAAGUCUCCAUAUCAAGUGUGGACGAUGAAGAAACCGAUUCUGGCCAACCUUAAAGUGUUUGGAUGCCACGCGUAUGUUCAAGUGCCUCAAGACAAACGCGCGAAGUUCGACUCCAAGUCAUCACUCUGUCGUUUCCUGGGAUACACCGAACACCAGAAGUCAUAUCGAUUUGAGGAAGUGUCAACAGGAGCGAUCAAGAUCAGUCGCGAUGCCACAUUCAUGGAAGACAAGUUUGAUGAAGGUCCGCGCAACUACAACGAUGAGUCAAGUGCCGUUGAGUUUGAUGAUCAAGACGAGGACGAAGAAAAAGAAGAAGGUAAAACUGACGACGACAUGGACUCGAGCGACGAUGACAACGAAGACACCAGGUCUUCAAAGAGCAACAUCAAGAGACACACGCGCACUCAAUCAAUUGAGAAAGGUACCGUCAUUCCAAGUCCCAAGCGAAGAACGUACAGAGGUCCGUCGCUUGAGCAUGUGUCAGCGGCUGCAAUGGAUUUUGAAGCAGCCUACAUCGUUGAUUCAGUGGGGGAAACGCCGACUACAUUCAAGUCGGCGAUGGAAUCAAGCGACUCCGGCAAGUGGAAAGAAGCGUGUGACUCGGAGUUCGACUCGCUUCAGAGAAACAACACGUGGGAAAUCGUGCCUCUUCCGAAAGGUCGCAAGGCCAUCGGGUGCCGAUGGGUUUUUCGUGUAAAGGAGAAUCAAGAUGGCGAAGUUGAACGUUUCAAGGCAAGACUUGUGGCCAAACGAUUCUCACAGAAAUUCGGAGUUGACUGUGAAGAAACUUUCGCACCGGUGGCCAAGUUCACAUCGAUUCGUGUGGUGCUCAGUAUGGCGGCCAAGUACGGCCUAAUGCUACAUCAGAUGGACGUCAAGACAGCGUUUCUUAACGGCUCCCUCAACGAAGACAUCUACAUGGACCAGCCAACCGGGUACCUGGAUGCAACACAGCCGGACUAUGUGUGCAAGCUAAAGAGAUCACUCUACGGCUUGAAGCAAUCGCCUCGCAUGUGGAACCAAACAAUCGAUGGGUUCAUGAUCAAGAUGGGAUUCAAGAAGUGCGAAUCGGACCACUGCAUCUACAUCAAGCGAGACGACCAAGACAUGAUUCUCGUGGUGCUCUACGUCGAUGAUCUCAUCCUGGCCAGCAGCAACAACGAACUCCUCAAGUCGACCAAGAUGGCACUGAGCAAACGCUUCGAAAUGACGGAUCUCGGUGAGCUCGAUUACUUUCUCGGCAUGGAGAUCAAGAACGACCGUAAGACGGGAAUGGUGACUGUACAACAAACCAAGUUUCUCAAGUCCGUGUUGACCAAGUUCGGAAUGGAUAAAAGCAAGCCAGUGAAGACGCCUCAAGAUCCCGGCCUGAAGCUAACCAAGAACAUGUGUGAACAAGAAUGCAAGCACGAAGACACCAUGUGCAACGUGCCAUAUCGAAGUGCUGUCGGAGGCAUCAUGUAUCUCAUGGUCGCCACACGUCCGGAUCUAGCUGCUGCAGUGGGAUCAUUAUCCCAGUUCUCGUCCGACCCAUGCCCGACUCACUGGCAAGCUUUGAAGCGUGUGCUGAGAUACCUGCAAGCAACGCCCAAUCAUGGUCUUGAGUUUACACGUGAAGAAGGAAGCCGUAUCUGCGGGUACACCGACGCAGACUGGGCCGGCGACAUUGAGUCAAGACGAAGUACAAGCGGCUAUGUGUUCAUGAUGAACGGAGGAUGCAUCAGCUGGAAAAGCCAGAAACAACGGACGGUCGCGCUAUCUUCAACAGAAGCAGAAUACAUGGCGCUUUCCGAAGCAACCAAAGAAGCAGUAUGGCUCAAAGUGCUUUUGGGGGAACUUGGUGAGAUGACAAGCGACGAAGCGAUCAAGAUGUAUGAAGACAACCAAGGAUCAAUCGCUCUCGCCAAGAACCCGAAGUUCCAUAAGAGAACAAAACACAUCGACAUACGCUAUCAUUUUGUGCGUGAGAAGGUGGAAUCAGGUGAAGUCGUUUUGGAGUAUUGCCCGACUCAAGAUAUGCUGGCAGACAUGAUGACCAAGCCGAUCGCCGCUGUACAAUUUGAAAACAUUCGCGAUCGACUUGUGUUGACGGUCAUCGGUUUUCUACCAGUAUUGGUAACCGUGACCGAUCCAAUCCGAACCGCCUGUUCAGCUUAG